AUGGACUUGGGCAGGGGGCAGCCGCACUUUUCAAGACAACAGCAUUUUCGUGGAUCAUUGGCACCUGAGAAUCCCUCCGAGGCAGCGAAUCCCAUUGUUCCGUGCUGUCCCCCUCGCAUUGUGGCGUCCCUCAGCUAUGGCGAAUACCUUGUUUGGCACUUUGGCAAGCCCGCAACCCAUGAAAAGCAGGGUGUUCGCCUCAACUCGGGCUGCCUCUGUUCCUCCCCGUCUUCUUUGCUUCUCUUCUUCAUCUUGUCGAUCUUUCGAUACCGUCUGUGCUCCAAGGAGUACCGUUUUGUCUUGGAUUUUGCGAUCUUCACGACUCAAUCUCACCCAGGAAAAGCGAGAUGGGAAGUCCGAGUCAAACAGCCUGCUCGAAGCCCCGCGAGAUCCCCUCAUCCAAACGGCACACAUACUUGCUUACUUCAUUGGGAUGGCUACGUCCUCGACCUGCUGGAUCUCCAACUUUCUCAACGACCGGUUGGCACCGUCAGCCUCUUUGAGACACGGCAUUUACGCAGACGAAUGAACAAAUAUGAAAUGGAACCGCUAUCCUCCUAUGCAGUCCCGGCUGGCUUAGAGGCCCUCAAGCCCUUUCGCGCUCAGAAAGCAGAUUCUCUUAUCAUCAACUCAUGCCGCACAGUCAUGAUUCAGAAUACCCAUCUCGUAGAAAUCGGGCCCAGAGCGCUGGAGCAAGGCGAUGCAACCAGAUUCAAGUCCAUCCCAAAUCCAGAGACUUGGGACCCCAGAGCAUUCAGGGGCCCUUGUAAGAUGCACAGGCUUGGGCAGAUCCCGGGCAUGCGGCUGUCUCCCCCGGUCGAUACAAAAAAUGAUUCCAUAGAAGUCAUCAAAUUCAAUCGUGCCAAGUCACUCAGUGUCACUAGUCUCGAAGCCCGUGCAAAUUGGAUAACGAUUACGAUCGUCGCUGUCAGCUCGGAUCCCAGUCUAGACCACAGCAAGGAGCCCUGCAUGAUUUCGCGAAGACUUCAAGAUGGCUUCAUGCCCCAAGUACCUUCAAUUUUGCCCAAAGACGACGAAAUGGUGUCCUGUUUUGGUCCAGGACCCUUCUCUCGCAAGGUUUGA